AUGUCCUCCGCAUUGCCCAAUGUCCAACGCAUUACGCCUGGCAUGAGCGCCAAGGAUGUUCGAGCACAUGCGGAAUUCAUUAAUGACGAAGGCUGGAAAUGGUUCACUAAUGAGGCGAGAAGAAUAUUGCUCGAAGAAAGUCCGGCAGAACGCAGAACUUGGUCGACGAUGCAGCCGAAGGUGAAAGAGAUUUGUCGCAAGGCGCUUUACAAGGUAUACUCAGAGGAAUGGGCAAGUGAGUCGGAAUUAAGAGAGGACAUCUGUGAAUGGAGGCUCGACGCUUCGCAGUAUCAACGACGGCGAAUAGUGGGCCGAAGUGGUAGUGGCACCGAGUCGUCAGCGUCGCACGACAAAGAAGCAUUUGGGAAAGGAUCGCCUCCACCGCAGGUGGCCUCUCCACCAGACGUCGGGCAUAAUACCUCAUGA